CGACGCGCAUAGGGUCCCGUAUUGAUGACGAUUACAUAUUCGAUUCUCCAUAAGUAAUCGAUUGGAUUCCAGAGAACUCUGAGGAUUGAUGAGUUGACAUCUUGGUAAUGAGCAUGGAGGCAUCUGAUUCCCGGCGAGGAUACGCUAAGUCUAAGUCUCUGUGUCGUCUCCUUUAUUAUCCACCAUUCUCCGGCUCUCUUCUCAGACACCAAACCCUGAUUUCCUCAUGGGCAACUCUCUCUUCUCUCUCUGGGGCGUUAAUACAAACAAAGCAAUGGUGGAGUAUAUGCAGAAGAAUGGAGUGAUCAGAUCAAAGAAGGUAGCUGAAGUAAUGGAGACAAUUGAUAGGGCUUUGUUCAUACCUGAUGGGAUUGAGCCUUAUCAUAGCCGUCCUGUGUCUCAUAGCCAUCCUGUGUUAGAAUUUUAUUGCAUUAUUCCUGCCCCUAAUAUGCAUUCCAGAUGCCUUGAAUUGUUGGAGAAGCAUUUGCAGCCUGGAAUGUGCGCUCUGGAUGCUUGCUCAGGAACCGGGUAUUUGACAGCUUGUUUUGCACUGAUGGUUGGACCACAAGGUCGUGCUGUGGGUGUGAACCAAUUUCCUGAGAUGGUAUCUUCCUCAAUCCAGAAUAUUCAAAAAAGUGCAGCAGCUCCAUUAUUGAUGGGAGGUUCCCUUUCAAUGCAUUGUAGUGGUGAUAGGUUAGAUUGGCCACAGCAUGCGCCUUAUGAUGCUAUUCAUGUUGUAUCAGAGGAUUGCGUUAUCCCACAGGCAAUUACUGACCAGUUGAAGCCUGGAGGAAGAUUGGUCUGGGGCGUUUUGCUUCCCGGAAGUAUAGUUGAAAGUUUCUGGGUGAUUGACAAGAAUCUGGAUGGUUCUUUGACUCACAGAGACGACUUCUCCCGUGGUACUCUUGAGUUUUGAUGCUCAUUUGCAGGCUUCUGAGGCUGGGAUGAAUUCCUCACCUAGGAGUUGUUUGGAGGUCUCUGGUUGUACUUGAAUUUGUGGUUUCAUAUACGAUACUAUAUGGAUCUUUUAUAUAGUAUUGCUGAUUAAUAUGUGAUUUCAUGUAGUCUAAGGCCUCCUUGUUGCUUAAUUAUUUGUGAUAAGUUUACUUUAGACCUCUGAAUUACCACGCGAUUUGACAAGCUUUCCAAACUUUAAAACAUUUCAAUUUGAACUCUUAAACUUUCGAUUGCAGUCAAUUUGAACUUAUCCGUCAG